AUGUCACAUCAAUCAGAACGUAUACGUGAGUCUGACUUCAAGUACUACGAGCGUAGAUAUUAUGAUGAUUUGAAGAAUGGUUGCUUUACAAUCAAAAUCUCAAAUUCAACAUAUAGGUGUCCCUUUUGCCUGGACAGGCAGGAUUACUCCUCGAGUGAGCUUUUAAAACAUGCAUCAAGAUUUGCCAAGGGUUCACAUAGCAGAGAGAUAGAAGAUAGAGCGAAGCACUCUGCCCUUCAGUUAUACAUUGAAAGGUAUCAUGAUGUGAAUAUUACAUCCGAACCUGUUGGCAAGGAUCAAUUAUUUGUCUGGCCUUGGAAGGGUAUUGUUGCUAACAUUGCUACGGAAAUUAAAAACGGAAGGUAUGUUGGAGAAAGUGGUACAAAACUAAGGGAGGAGUUUACCCUAAAAGGAUUUCGCCCCUUGAGAGUUCAUCCUCUGUGGAACCAUAAUGGACAUUCAGGCUUUGCCAUUGUCGAAUUCAGCACAGAAUGGGAUGGUUUCACCAAUGCUAUUAACUUUGAAAGGAGCUUUGAAGCGGAACAUUGUGGUAAGAAGGAUUACUACAGUUUAAAAUGCCGAGGAGAUAGACUCUACGGAUGGUUGGCCCGCGAUGACGACUAUCACAUGAAUAGUAUAAUUGGUGCUCACCUUCGUAAAAAAGGGAACUUGAAAACUGUUUCUGAAAAACAAGCAGAUGACAAAAGGAAAAAAUCACAGCUUGUCUCAAGUUUAGCUAAUACCUUGAAAAUGAAGAAUAAGGAGUUGGAAUGGGUACGAAGCAAAUAUGAUGAGAUUGAUUUGUCCCUGAACAAAGUGAUAGAACAGAAAGAGGAGAUGAUUAAAUCAUUUAAUAAUGAAAUACAAAAGAUGCAGCAGAGUGACCGUGAUCAUUUGGAGAAGAUUCUUAUGGAUCAUGAAAAAGCCAAAUUGCGACUGGAAGCUCAGAAGAAAGAGCUUCUGAACCGUGAGAAAGAUCUCCAGAGGCGUCAAGAACGGAAUGAAAAUGAGAGAGAAAAGAUAUAUCUGAAGAAGAAAAAUAAUGAGAUGGCAAUAAUGGAGCAAAACAAAGCCGAUGAGAAAAUUAUGCAUUUGGCUGAAGAACAAAAGAAACAAAAGGAGAAACUGCAUAGAAAAAUUCAUGAACUACAAAGAAAACUCGAUGCCAAACAAGCAUUGGAAUUGGAGAUCGAACACAUGAGGGGAGCUCUUCAAGUAAUGAAACACAUGGGGGAGGAUGAAGAUUUGGAGGAGAAGAAAAAAUUGGAUGCAAUUAAAUCGAAUCUGCAGGAAAAGGAGAAGGAGUUAGAAGCAAUGGAAGAACUUGAACAAACUCUUGUUGUCAAGGAACGUAAAACCAAUGACGAAUUGCAAGAUGCUCGCAAGGAAUUAAUUAGUGGGAUAGGGGAGACGACUCGGGCAUUUAUUGGUGUUAAAAGAAUGGGGGAGCUUGAUGGUAAGCCGUUUGAGAAAGCAGCUAAGAGAAAAUUUGCUAAUGAUGAAGUGAAUGUGAAAGCUGUGGAGUUGUGCUCACGGUGGGAGGCUUAUCUUAGAGAUCCAAGCUGGCAUCCAUAUAAAGUUUUAUUAGAUAAAGCUGGGAACGCUAAGGAAAUUUUAGAUGAAGAAGAUGAAAAACUGAGAAUAUUAAAGGAUGAGUUCGGUGAUGAGGUCUUUCGAGCUGUGGCUACAGCUCUGACGGAGUUGAAUGAGUACAAUCCUAGUGGUAGAUACCCAUUACCGGAGCUCUGGAAUUUUAAGGAAGGAAGGAAGGCUUCAUUGAAGGAGGGUGUUUCGCAUAUAAUCAAUCAAUGGAAAUUGUCAAAACGAAGGAAAACCUGA